AUGGCAGGCGGACAUGGCGAAUUCUUAGUCGGCAGGCAGCUAAACGAUGGCGAGAAAAAAGGCGAAUGGAAUGCCGAUGCAAAGCAUCUUGCGCUCCGCGGCGGUGAAGCGACGACGAGCGAUCACUGCUUGUCUGUUGCUUCUACGGAGGCGGCGCGAUGCGGCGGUGGCGGCAGCAACGGCGGUGGCAGCGGAUGGCGCGACAUGCACGACACUGGAUUCGACUUGACUGAACUCGAAUCGACUCCUAUGCGCUCCAUCCACUCGACAUCAAAUCUGUGUUUGCAUAAUGCAGCUGCGAAAUGGAAAGAACGGGGCAUCGGCGAACACACACAAUGCCUCGACAUCGCUGAAGAGCAGGCAGACCCACGGACGGACGCACGCACGCGCCGACGUUCACUCAGUCAGUUCACUCAUUACCGAAAAUGUAACAAUGCCGAAAGAGCAGCAGCUGAGAACGAGUCUAACUCACCUCGUGUCCCCCCAGGCAAGACGAGCAUCUGCUAUCUGCUCCGGCCGUCAGUCGUCGUCGCUCCUCAGCUGAUACGACCUGUGCACGUCGAGUUACAUCGCGCGAUACACAGAGGUUGCUCGAGGCACGUAACAUGCGCUGCUGGUUUUUCUCUUCUCGAGGCGUAA